GAUCCUUUCAUUUUAUCCUGAUGGUUAAAAGAAGAUAUGUACUGCGUUGUAUGUUGAUUUUCAGAACCAAAACUGGAAUUUCUGUGGAAAAGAUGGAUCUAGUUGGCAGACAAGUAUUUGUUUCAACUAUUAGGAUUUUACCUUCAUCUGAAUAUCAGCAGACUUUAAAGUAAAGACGAUGUAUUGAGUUGCCAUGCAGAAAAAAAUCAUGUCAUGUUUUUAUGAUUUCUGAGUCAGUUGCUGUAAAUAAAUCAGAUUUACUUAUUUCGGCGUAUUUGUUAAAAAUGCGUGGAUGUAACAGAACAGAGAGUGUUAUUUUGAACCUCUGAGGGUUUAUUUUCCUCUCGCUGCACCUGUUCAACAUGUGCUGCCGCUCCAUGUCUGUCCUUCCUGCUUUGAGACCCGGGAGAGGUUGCCCAUGCAAAGUGACUUGGAAGCAGCUGAAGAGCAGUGAAGCCAUUCUUCACCUGAGCAUCGGUCCAUAAUCUUCCUUCUCCCUCAUCUCCUUCCCAAUUACCUCCUCCUCCUCUCGCCACCAUUGCUAUGACGACCACCCUGGAGACGAUGUUGCUUCCUCCGGACCAGGAGCUGAGCCCUGAGCGGCUGGACGCCUGUGAGAACCCUAGUGGACGCUACACGGUGGUUCCCUCCGUAGUCUGCUCCAUGUGUUGUCUCUUUGGCAUCAUUUACUGCUUCUUUGGCUACCGCUGCUUCAAGGCAGUGAUGUUCCUGACGGGCCUGAUGUUCGGCUCUGUCGUCAUCUUCAUGCUCUGCUACAAGGAGCGCGUGCUGGACACCCAGCUGAGCGUGGAGGCCUCUGUGGGCAUCGGGCUGGGCAUAGGGACGCUCUGCGGCCUCGUCACCAUGCUGGUUCGCAGUGUGGGCCUCUUCAUGGUGGGCCUGCUGCUGGGCCUGCUGGUGGCUGUGGCCACCCUCGUGGGCAUGGUGGAGCUUUCCGAGAACCCAUCGCGCUCCGUCUGGGUGCCCCUGGGCGUGCUGCUUGGCCUUGGCAUGCUGUUUGCCGUGCUGACCCUGCAGUGGCAGCGCCUCUUCACCACACUGUCCACGGCCAUGUUUGGUGCUGCAGUCAUCACUGUGGCAUUGGACUACUUUGUAGAGCUCUUUGCACUCAUGAUUUACAUUUACCAGCGGAUUAAAGUGGAGCCUGGGAAGCCUGUGUGCUGGAUGACAUGGUUGGUGCUCGGAGUGUGGCCGUCCCUCACCCUGCUGGGGGUCAUAGUCCAAUGGAAGGUCACUGCUGAGGGAUACUCCCACACCAAAGUGAUAAUUAGUCGGCAACAGAGGAGGAUGCAAGUUAUGCGUAUUCGUCAGCGAGACGACCGCUAUCGCAACAAGAAGAAGAAAAAGCAGCAACACGGCUCCUCACACCAUCACCAGGCCAAGCAACUUAAUGCAGAGCCCGCCUACCGCCGCAAGCCCAACCCCAUCCGCCGCUACGACACGGAUGUCCUGUCGCCGAGUUACAUCCAGAGUUUCCGGGACCGGCAGGUGCAGGCGCAGCCCUUCACAGACGGACUGGUCGGAGGCUCUCAUGCUGUGGUGGAAAUGGGCUACGACUGUGGCUCUACGACGCCUCUCACUGGAGCAGCGUUGCCUCCUCUGCGGGCCUGACCACUCCUCCACCUCCCAGAGGUUUGACCAGGGAGGCACCAGAUGCUACAAUCACUAAAUUUACCACUGGAAAAUAAUUUACCCAAACACAUUAAACUCUUUACUUUACAAAAUCCUGGUUCAAAACCUCAGCUGGCUGUGGUCACUAUAUUCCAUUAGUUAAUCAAACCGCUCUUUUUGUGAAACCAAAUUCACAAAAAAACACAUGCAGACAUUUAACACGAACACACCCCGCAGCUGCAACCUCGAAGCAUGUCAUGGAGACCUGAAGGAGCUUACAGAACCAGUUCUCAGAGAUUUCUGCCUCCAUCUUCAGUCAAAGAUCGGGUAUCGUAAUUCCACUGCAAACUCAGCUCAGGUUCUAAUACGAGAUCUAUCAAAACCCAACUCUGGUACAUUGUCCCAUCUUUCAACCAAUGCUGCAGAAGCAACCACCUCCUCAACCUCAAAGAAAUUAUUGAAUUUCAUCAGUAAAGGGACAGCUAAACACCAACUGGAAGUCUUUGUGCUUUCUGUGCCAUCUGGACCACAACGAUUCUCAUUGAAACGAGAAGAGACAUCUUUAAUGUAAUGUUUUUUUUUCACUUUUAUGGAGGGGAAACAUUUUGUCACCCUUGGUGCUGAACAGUACUCUGCUUCAAGUGUCAAACUGCUGUAAGACAACCAAGGAAUCUGUUUAAAGUGGUGCCUCGCCUCUCCUUGGACGGCACAGGUCAGCCAACAGGAAGGGGUCAAUGGGAAAUUUCCCUUCAGUGGUUUGUUGAACAAACAGAGGCGGCAUCCAUAGCUACAUCUAACAGGGUUUAAGUUGCUUUGCUGUCCUUAUAAAUGACUUCAUAAAAAAGCUAGAAAGCUCUGUUUACACUGGCACCUCCAGAACACAUGGAAAAUACCUUUCUGUUUUUCAGCUUGAAGCCAUCAGCAAUCAAAACAAUCUGCAUAUAAAGAGAAAAUCAAGAGACCUACAUUUUUGUUGGGGACCAGAUUACAUCAGUUUGAUUUAUACACACUGUUUUUGAACGCUACUUAUGGUCCCCAUUAGCAUUUCUGGUUCUUGAUUGGCAUCUAUAACCAGAGAUGCAAACAGAAGAUACACUAACUCUUUUAGGUAGGCACUCUAAGCACUUGAAAAGAGCUGACACUGUUUAUAGAUCCAGACCUGUUGGGCUCACUUUUUAUUCCUGUUGAAGCUCCAUUUUUUUAAUUGUUUUUGCCUUAAAUCGGGCAGAUUAAACAAGAAACUCAAUUAGUUGUUAGUUUAUUAAUUUUGUAAGUUGGUUUGUGUCAAUUAGUGGAUAUUUAUACAACAAAGAAUAGCUGUAUUAAAUGUAUUUCUGUAGUCAGAACUUGGAUUUGAGAAUAACAUUUCACAUAAUUUUGUCACCUGGAAGUCAGUCCAAGCUACCAAUAAUUAGCAAUAUGAGCCAAAAACAGUGUAUUUGUUUGCAUUUUUUAUGCGUUUUUAAGCAUUGCAUCAUGUAGACCAACAAAGAUUGGAGAGUAUUUUUUUUAAAUGUAAUAAGAAAUGUGACUGUUUUCUACUGUACCCGUUUGCACGGCAGCCAUAUUGGAUUUUGAAGUCAGGGUUCAUGAGGAACCUUCGACUUUCCAAGUUAAAAUGUUGGUUUCAGGUGGAGUUGGAGAUGAUUUGUAUACAUGCCUAAAAAAAAUACAUACAUAUACUUAUGCACGUAACCUUAUGCAUCGAUAAAUGUUGGAAGAACAGCUUAAAAACAGUGGUGCUAAAUCUUGACUGCUACCAGAGUUAGCCAAUCACAAGAGGGCGGGUUUUCAGAGGAGGGUUUUACAGAUACGUCAACUGAUAUGAUUCAUUAAAUAUAAACAAGAAAUAAAAUGGUUCACUAUACAGAAAGGACAGUGAGCGUAAACAGAGAUUAGCCAGAGCGUGCAAAGGCAGAGGUGGACCUUUUAAAGCUGAAAAGCCAACAUAAAACCAAAGUUAUGGUUAAAAAUGUGCCUCCUUGAAUUCAAAUCCAGAUUGAGGUGCCAGUGUAAAUGAGAUGAACUGGAUUAGCAGCCAUCUAAACUUGUACUUAGACCAACUUUUUCCAUCAUGUGCAUUGUUUUUCUUUAUUUAGGAUGAUGUAACAUCUUUGUCUGCGGUAAAAAUGUGAAAACUUUAACGUCUUGACCUUUUUAAAGGAAAAAAAGAAACUGUACAGGAAGAGAGGAGCAGCUGGUAGGUUUGAAUUUGUCUGUGAGAAGCUGAAAUGCAUGAAGUGCAUCCCAGUUACAUGCUGCGAUCCGCCCUGAGCGGCAGCGACAUGCCCCAACUUCUCAUCUGCAUCAAUAUGAAAUGUGUACAUAAAACACGGCACUUACGUUUUUUUAAUGUUUUAAUAUAGAUGGGGACAUUUUGUUUUCCAGUGGGAUGUAUUUAUUUGAUGUUUUUAUUUUCUGAGACGUUUUGUUUAGCAGAGUUUAUUAUCUCUAUUGGCCGGCGACGUCAUGCUUUUUUUUAAAACUGAACUAUGACUAAGAAAAUUAAAGCAUGUGUUCCCAUGAGCCUGUACACAA